UUCUGCUAUAAAUCUCUACCUCGUUUGCUCCACUCUGACCAACAACCCCCAAGGUCUUAGAAACCCGAUAUUAAAACAUGUCUAGAAGCAACUUGAAGAAUGCUGUCGUAGCAUUUCUUGUUCCUCUCCCUUCAAUUCUCUUCUAUCUUUAUUUCCUCAACCAUUUGCAGAGCAACAAUGGUGCUUCCCUUUCUCAUCUUUGGUCAUGGUGCUUUCACCACCCUCUGCUGUUAGCCAAUGCGUUGUUUUUCUUCAAUGUCAAUGUUCUUUUCUGGGUUAUCGGUCAUAUCCAAUGCAGUAAUUGGAUGAUUGAUUUGUACUGGACGGUCAUACCCGUGUUGCUAGUUUAUUACUACGCAACACACCCUUCGGCUCAAUUUGAUCGGUUGAGAUCCAAGCUUGUGAUAGUGUUGACAUGGGUUUGGAGUAUUAGGCUGACCCAUAACUAUUUUAGGCGAGAAAAUUGGCAAUGGGGCGCAAGAGAAGACUGGAGGUUCACCGAUAUGCGCCGACAGUAUGGUAAACAUUGGUGGUGGAUGUCAUUUUUUGUUGUUUACUUUUCCCAACAGAUAUUUUUGAUUGGGAUAUGUCUUCCACUGUAUGCGGUGCACUCGGUGGAUAAGCCUUUGAACAUAUGGGAUUUUGUUGCUGCUUUAGUUUGUUUGUGUGGCAUUGUCAUAGCAUACUUUGCAGAUACACAAUUGCAUGAUUUCGUGACUAGAAACCGCAAGCUAAAAGAGCUCGGAAAGCCUAUGGUCCCUAACCUCGACCGGCGCUUGUGGCGGUACUCGCGCCAUCCGAACUAUUUCGGCGAGCAAUUGUGGUGGUGGGGGCUGGUCGUGUUUGCUUGGAGCCUCGGACACGGGUGGACUUUUGUCGGAGCUUUGAUCAACAGUAUGUGCUUAGCUUAUGUCACGGUGCUCGUCGAGCAGCGGAUGUUGAGGCAAGAGUACAGAGCUGAAGCGUACAGCUUGUAUCAGAAGACAACCUCAGCAUGCGUGCCUUGGUUCAAAUCUUCUAUUGUAGCAGUGAAAGAUAAGCAUACUUGAUCUGGUUCUUUGUUUCGCUGCGAGCUUCUAAGUGUUUUUUAUAUGUUUAUACUUCAUGUCCUGUCUUGCUGUUGUCAACGCUUGUGAUGUAUUCUGCUGCCUAUUUGAGAGAAAAAAUGGUUGUUGGCUUUGGUAGUCGAAGAGAUCACUCUCUGAAAUGUAAAUUCUUUGUUUAUUUGCAAUAGAAUCUUUUCCAUUCUCUUGAUUUUCACAUAUAUUUGCAGUAUGUACAAUCUGUCCGCUUCGAAAUGUGCUUACGGAAGAAAAGACCUUGGCAUGGAUGCCGGUAAAAUUAACUUAUGUGACGGUUUCACGAUCGUGCAAUCUUCGCCAGAUAAUUCAGGAUCUAUCCUCUUAACUUCCGAUUGAUUCACCCUCACCGGCGAUAACGAAGGCAUCUGCACACGAUUCACUAAGCCGGCGUCCUGCCCGGUAA